CCGCUGGGCGCUGGAAGGGGCUCGGGGGCGGCCCCUGUCCCGCCUGAGCAGCGGCGCCGGGGAGCGCGCCAGGCAGGGCGCAGCAGCCCGCGCGAUGCGCCCUGCAGCCGCAGGCCGCCUGCCCUGAGCCCCUAUGGAGCCCAACCUCACCGCCGGCGGGGCAGGCAACGCGUCCGGCCGGGCGGCGGGCUCGGGCGGCGGCAGCGAGCUGCUCAUCACCUCCGCCUUCGGCACGGUGCUGUCCUGCAUGUGCGUGGCCGGGGUGGCGGGGAACGUGUACACCCUGGCGGUGAUGUGCCACUCCGCGCGCUGCGCCGCCCCCAUGUACAGCUCCAUCGUCAGCCUGGCGCUGGCCGACCUGCUCUACCUCUCCACCAUCCCCUUCAUCGUCUGCACCUACCUGGCGCAGGACUGGUACUUCGGGGACCUGGGCUGCCGCGUCCUGCUCAGCCUGGACCUGCUCACCAUGCACGCCAGCAUCUUCACCCUCACCCUCAUGUGCGCCGAGCGCUACCUGGCCGUCACCCGGCCCCUGGACAGCCUCAAGCGCUCCCGGGGCUACCGCAAGGCCGCGGCCGGCGCCGUGUGGUCCGUCUCGCUGCUGCUCACCCUGCCCAUGAUGCUCAUGGUCACGCUGACCGAGGCGGGCCAGGCCGGGGGCAAGGUGAAGCGGAUGUGCGCCCCGACGUGGAGCGCCGACGCCUACAGGACCUACCUGACGGUGCUGUUCAGCACCAGCAUCAUGGCCCCGGGGGUGAUCAUCGGCUACCUGUACACGCGCCUGGCCAGGACCUACCUGGAGUCCCAGAGGAACCCGCCCCACAAGGAGGGCAAGAGGUCCCCCAGGCAGAAGGUGCUGAUCAUGGUCUUCAGCAUCGUGCUGGUCUUCUGGGCUUGCUUCCUGCCCUUCUGGGUCUGGCAGCUGGUGCGCCUCUACCACAGCUCCCUGCAGCUGACUUCGCAGACCCAAAAGUGCAUUAACUACCUGGUGACCUGCCUGACCUACAGCAACAGCUGCAUCAACCCCUUCCUCUACACCCUGCUGACCAAGAACUACCGGGAGUACCUGCGCAACAGGCACCGCAGCUUCUACCGCUUCACCUCCUCCUUCCGCAAGCGGAGCUCCAACCUGCAGUGCUCCUGGGGAAGGGCCCCGUCCUCCAGCAACCAGUAUGACUACGGCUCGGAGUCCCUGGGCAUGGCCACGCUGAAGGACAAGUGAGGAGGGCGAGGGGCUCCAGGCACCUGGGAACCAGAGGAAUAUCUGUGCAAGAUCAACGGCCAAUCCUUCUCUGAAUCCUGCUGAGAGCAGUUAAUGAGACCAGCUCCUUACCGGAAAUGUUUUUGAAAGCAUGGCUUUUUAAACUUUCCUUUUUUAUUUUUGGUGCAUAAAAGUCUUUUGAAAAACAGCCUUGCAGGCUACCUUGUAAGGCUCAGUUUGCUAUUUGGUUUAUAUAAAAGGCUAGUUGAGGGAUUUUUAAUCACUUCAAUUGAGAUACUACCCUGGAUUCCUUUUUAAUCAAUACAAAGAGAACAAUUUGGACUUGCUCUUUUCAGGCUCUCUUGAUGGUUUUUAUAGUGCUUCUGCCUCUGUGGCACCUAAGCAUUGAUCAGAAUCCCUUGGAUGCUGGAUUUUGGAGGUGGUGGUUAGCACCCUGCUCCUACAAUUGUCUAGAUCCAGCUGUGUCCCUGCCAAAGCUUUUCAAUGCAUGAAGGCAGCAUGAAGUCUCUGGCUCUCCUGUGCUUGCUUCGUUACUGUCUUGCUGCUACUUGGCCAGGAAGCUGCACAGAGUUUGCCUGAGGGGCUUCGCUGUAAUAAGCAAAGAGUGGCCAAAGCUCUGCAAAUUGAUUUGAACUUCCUCUAAACUGACUGAGUCAUUCACUAAACACCUUACUUAGACCCUUCAGGCAAAGGGAUCCUGUAUCUUGCUCUGUCUCUGGACCAAUAGCAAAUCUCACCUUCCUCCUCACCUGCCGUUGACACCAUUUCAGACAUUAGCACUAACUGCUGAUCUGUGAAGCCGAACAGGGUAUGAACAGGAACUGAAAGGUUUAGACCUUACAGCACUAUGGAGUAGUACAUGUCCUAUGUAAAUGGCACUGAUGGUGGUACUCAUAUUCUUCUAUUUCCCUGGCCCCCAAAGCACCACAAGCCUCCUUCAACAGCUAAUUUUUCCUCUUUUGACACCCCAUCAGCUUCCAACCUCCCUUGAAACCUUCCUCCUGCCUCCUCACAAGAGAUACAACUUUUUGUCAGCUUCCUAACAAUCCUGCAUCCCCCUUUAUCUGCCCCUCCUGUACAAAAGGCCCAACACAACGCCCUUUCCUUCUUCCUCAGAAACAUCCCCCCUCAUUUCUCCACUAUCACAUAAUUCAGUUUUCUAUAUGACUGCAGAUCUGUGGAGAACCUGGCAAUCACACUUCCACCUGCUAGACAUGUUCCCAAGGUCAACAGAUUAGAGCCCCCUAGCAAAGCCAUCUGAUAAAACCUAAAUUUCCCCUCUCUGUGUGUUCCCUAUGUAGUGACCAGCCAGUUUAAAAGCAUGAGCAUUGCUUUGUUUCCCAAAUGGAAUGUGUAGUUGUAAUUCUUGUGUCAAUAUACCGCCUGCUCACAAGGAGGGAGCAGACAAACUGGCAGAGCCUGGCCCCAUGUAUAAACACUGAGUGCACUGCUUACAGUAACUAGCUAAUGAAAAGAUUAAGAUCUAGCAAGUCCCCUGUAAGGAGGGUGGGGGAGACAUCCUAUUCUGCACUUGUCCAGGAUGGGUCCAUAAUCUGACAGAAGUGCACUAGGAGGCUUCCCUCUCUAGCAAUCUUGGAAGUAUGAAGCCUACCCCCGACCCCAAAUGUUAAAAGGAUUAGUCUAGAUCAGGGAUGUCCAACCUGCGGCUCUUCAUAAGUUAAUAUGCAGCUCCUUGCAUAAGCACUGACUCCAUGGCUGGAGCUAUAGAUGCUAACUUUCCAAUGUGCUGGGAAGUGCUCAGCGCUCA